AGAAGAUCCUCAAUCACUCAUGAAACAGCCAAUAUAUACACAAGAUACGAGUUACUCCAGUGAUUCAGAGAGUCUUUUCUCCUGCAAUACGUUUAAGGCUCCUGAAAGGAGUGGAUGCAGCCAAAAUAAUCAUCAUCUGAAACAUAAUUCUACUUCAAAAGAGUUAAUGGGGUGGGCCUCAAGAUUAGAGUUAGAAUCUAUUACAUUGAAGGAUACUAUCAAUGAUGAAAUUGUCGGGACAUUAGCUCUGAUCAAGAAAUCAUUGAAUGAAGUUUAUCUGAAUCUACUGAAGAGAAUUGAUGACAUAGAAUCAUCACUACUGACAACAAAAUUACAAGAAGUUGUCAAUCAAUUAAAACAUAGAAACACGACAAAUGAUGAAACAUUGGAAGAAGUGAAGGAAGAAUUACAAGCUAUAGUUACGAGUCAGGCUAGUCAAUUACUGAUCAAUCGUACUCAUUCUAAGGAAAUACAAGAAUUAACAAAAGCUAUAGAAAAUUGGUCCAAUAUAUUUCCACAAAUUAAGUUAGAAUCUGAGAUUCUGACACAACAAUCAGUAGUUGAGAAGACUUCACAAGAAGUUAGUCAAAUUAAACAGUAUCUACAAUUAUUACUUCCUCGGGUUAUGGGUAUAGAAAAUCACUAUAAACAACUCGUAACAACUUACGACCAUUUAAUUUCUACUCCUAGUCCCGUCUCUGAAUCGGAAUCCAAAAGAUCACUAAACCAAAAACUAAACCUUAAUGGAACUUGUAUCAAAAGAAGGCGAUUAUUAUGAAAUUACACUUUAUUCUAACAAGUCUUUCGGCUAUUUCUCCCGGUGUGUAUGGUUAAAAUUUUUUAACGGCUUUUUCGAUGCGGUGCCGCGCGCGCUCGCAGUUUCCAUUUGCAUCCAUUGUCUCAUCUGCGACCCUUUCCAGAAUCUAUCUGGGAAGAUUCUAUUUUGCAGAACUAGC